AUGGCAAUGAGUUCUCAACAUAUACAAUUAAUUCAAUCAUUUAAAAAAGUCAUUCCACCACUUUUAUUUGAUACACAUAAAGGCGAAGCUGGCCGUAUUGGUGUUGUCGGUGGAAGUGAAGAAUAUACCGGUGCACCCAUCUUUGCAAGUAUGUCUGCAUUUCGAACAGGGGCUGAUCUUGUUCAUGUUUUUUGUACUACGCAUGCUGCAAUACCAAUAAAAAGUUUUUCACCGGAUCUUAUUGUGCAUCCAAUUCUAGAUUCAAAAUCUUUUUCGGAUGAUAUGAAUAAAUGGUUACCACGUUUACAUGCAUUAGUUAUUGGUCCUGGUUUAGGACGAGAUAAAACAGUUUUAUCAAAUGUUGAAAAAUUAAUUGAUAUAUUACGACAACAAGAUAAACCAAUUCCAGUAGUUAUUGAUGCUGAUGGUCUUCAUUUAAUUACCGAAAAACCUGGUCUUAUUAAUAACUAUGUAAAUUGUAUAUUAACACCAAAUGGUCCGGAAUUUGAACGUUUAUAUGAAAAAGUAAUGGGUGUUAAAUCUGAAGAUCAAAAAAAAGAAAAAGAUAAAACACAAUUAGCACAAAAAUUAGCUGAUGCACUUCGUGUUAAUAUUCUUAUGAAAGGACAUUUAGAUGUAAUAGCAUCACCUGAUAAUCAACAACCAAUUCAAUGUGGAAUUGAUGGAUCACCAAGACGUUGUGGUGGUCAAGGUGAUUUAUUAGCUGGAGCUUUAGCUGCUUCUUAUUGUUGGGCUGUAAAAAAUGGUGAUCAAAAUCAACAAUCAAAUUCUGAUAAAUCAUCGAAAACAACAGAACAACAAGCUAAUACAUCAAAAUUAACUCCAGCUCAAAUAGCUGCUUAUGCUGCAUCGACACUUAUUCGUACAUCCAGUCAAGCAAGUUUUAAUCGACAUGGACGUUCAAUGAUUAGUACAGAUGUAUUGAAAGAAAUUGGACCUACAUUUGCUAAACUUUUUGAAAACUAA